AUGCAACGGGGCAUUGCCAAACACGCAUUUCAUCAAGUGCAUAGCUGCAGAGGCAAACACGCAGAGCCUCGGUCCUUAUCUUCAUGUUGUGUGUGUGCCCGUGGGUUCUGGAAGGAGGACCUUCGACCGGUGAAACUGUUUGUGACGCCGCUUGGAGCGACGGAAUUGGAUGAGGUGAAUUUGGAAGACCCUGCGAAUGAUCAAGAUGAAGCGGAGGAGGAGGAGAAGGAACAAGAUGACGGUGUGCUUAGUAUAUCUCCUCAAGCUGUUGCAAGAUUGCAUUCGCACAUUUUCGAUGUAUAUCGUUACUCCAGACUGUGGCCUUUGAUUCCUUUAGCCGAACUUUUGGCUAGUACUGUUGAACAUCCGACUGGCAAAGACAAAGCAGGCCGAGCUUGGCGAUGGUUGCUGAACACAAAGAUGGUUCCAUCGCGGCUCGGUCCCGAUACUGUCGUGGAUGUUUGUAUGGCUUGCUCGCAGAGCUUGACGCGCAAGGUGCCACAGAUGCCCAAGUUUGCGCUUGCCAAUUCUUUGUGGAUUGGUCGUGAACCUGUCGUGUUUCGCAAUCAAGGCAAGAAAUUAUCUCCUAUGACAUUCUUACUUCUUUCCUUGGGCCGUGCUGUGGUGCAAAAAAUCAUUGCCGAGAAAGACAAGCCGGGGAGAAGGCAAGAAAAACAAAUGGGCAUGCGAAGCAACACUGUAGCAUUUCCGCAAGCUAAGAUACGAGAAUUGGUAUCCACUGAACUGCCUGCAGCUUCGAUUGAGACCCACCGUUAUUUGUCGGACAUCGUUUGUGACAAUGCAAAGGAACAGUUCAUGGAAUUGGGCGCCACUUGUGCUGCUGUGCGUGCCCAGGCUACUCGGGUUGCAGAGGCUGAAGCUAUGCCUGUGAAGUUGGACGCUCCUGGAGACACAUCUGCGGAUACUGUCGUGGUGACUGUCGCGGAAGCGACUGUGACCGAUGCUGCGGAGACGGAACUGGCGGCGACUGCCGACUGUGGAGAUGACAGCGGUGAUGUUGGCUCAGUCCACAACCAAUCGCUUGAUGCGGACGAAGAGCAGCCGCCGCCUGGCUUUCAAUGUGUGGCGGGAGAACUGACAAGCGCGGACUUGGACGUGGAAAGAUGUUGUAAAGAGUUUGCUGCAAAGUUGCAACUUCUGGCCGCUCGGGCACAGCGUCUUGGUGGUAGUGAUGAUGCUGUGGAACAAGAAUUGACGAGCUUGAAGGCCCUGGCUGAAACGAUGUCGAAAGCUGAUUUGCAAGCAAAGCUGGAUGAAUUGGUGCAACAGAUGGAUGCUGCGGAAGGUGCCACUCACAGUUCGACGGGUAAGUGGGUGCAGGUUGUCCACACUGGGAGUGAUACCCUGUCGAUGUAUUCACCUGAAUUUUAUCAGAAAUGUUUUCCGGAAUUAUUUCCGUAUGGUGAUGGAGUAUAUGGCUUACCGCGGGACACUCCUCUGACUUUCCGCGAGUGGGCAAGCUAUCUGUUAGCAAGAGUUGAGCUGGAGUAUGAAAUCUCCGACGUAGCCACCUUUGAUUCUCUGCCAGAAACGCCGUUCCAGCCCCCUAUCAUUCCACGCUGGCAAGCAGAUUUGAAUUUUCUUGCUAUUGCUUCUGAUUCUUGGAAACGCAUGGAGAUGGUGCGCUUGGCUUCCGGACAUGUCCGGCGGAAGAAAUUCAAAGAUUCUCUCCGUGCUGUCCUGGAUUGUACUUCUGCCAAACUCAGCACCGCUUUGCGUGAGCUUGGAGAUCAUGCGACUAUGGGUGAUGUGAUGCGUUCAGCCAAGGCAGACACUCGCCUCAGAGAUGCGAUAUCGCAGCUGUUAUUCUUUUCGUCCGAUGUGGUGGGAUCGGAUGGGGCGAGACAGCAGCUGAGACAUGAGCAGAACGGUGCGAUGCUGAUGUAUGGUGGUGUGCAAGGCUUCUUGACGCCGAAUGUUGCAGACACGCGAAAUCCAUUGCUUGUGAUUCUACACAAUGGCAAUGUCGCUGCUGCUGCUGGUGGACUGACACCGGAUGGCACAUCGGAGAAGUACUUGGUGAAUUUGCUGGACGAGGAACUCACCAUGCCUUCUGCCAGUCGCAUGCUUGAAAUAUUAGCAGAAAACCCUGUUGCACAGGCCAAAUUUUUCAUCAUCAGCAUGCGUUUGUUCUUGGAACACGUUCUUGGCGUGAUGCCGUUUGACGACCAACUUCGUGCAAAUGGUAGUCGGGCAGGGGUCAUCUACGCAGAUGGAGCAGCUGCAAAUUUUAUGGGCGGUGCCUUCCCCGCUGUGCAGCAACUUCACGGACCCAUUGAGGAACAAGCUCGUCUCGCGUGCCAUCCCCAUAUAGUUUUGCAUUUUGCCAAUCGGACUUCUCAAGCAUGGCUUCGCUCGGUUUUGUUGGCUGAGACGGACGAGGCCAAAGCUUUGUUGCGCAAUUGGCAAGAGAAAACUAUUUUGGCCGUUGAAAGCAUCAUGUCCUCCUGUGCAGGCACAGUUCGAUUGCACUUUGAAGAAAUUCCAUUUCGAGAAGACAUCGACUUGAAGCCCCAGCCGUACAGUGAGAAGUGGCGGGAAGAAGAUCGUUUUGAUGGCGGUGCAGAAGAAGAUGUCAAGGAGCCCGAGAAGAAACGUACUUCUGUUACGGUGGUGCCACCUGUGGUCGAUUAUCAUAUAUGGAAAGCUAUGACAGGAGAAUCUGCUACAUCUUUUGAGGAGACAAAGCAAAAGGUGAACAUCAAACAUAUCCCUUUGACUGGAUGCGUCAUGGCGCGCUUGCCACAUUAUCGUCUACCGGUGUCAGGGUAUGCUGCAUGCAGUUGCUCACUAUGUGCAAAGGCUCGGACAGAUGCUGAGGAACGUUCGACGAGUGGUUUUCCCAUUGAUGCGAAAGAAGACAUGCAGCAACAGUAUAUUGCGAACUUUUGCGAAGACUUGCAUGCUGUGUGUGCCUUGUCUGGCCACCUGCACGAACACAAGAACAUGUGUUUCAAGUAUGUUGUGGUCGCAAGGACCGGAAAGGACCCUUUGCUGCCUGUGUGGACCGGGGAAGGUUGCCGCUUGACUUUGGCAGCUAUGGUGGCGCAUCGUGGCAAUUUGAACUAUCAGGAUUGUCGUCGAACGUUGACUGCUGGCUUUGACAGGGAGGAACUUGACUUGUUGCGUGAUCUGGGCGCAAAUUCUAUGCCGAUGUCGUCUGGAAGCAGUGGCUCAGUCCCUGGCACUGACUUGUUGGCACGACAAACAAAGAUUUUUGGAUCGGAUGCAACAGGCCAGCAGCAGCGAGUGCGCUUUAGAGUUGUCAUUACUUCCGCUUUCAUUCUUGCUAAUGAAUUUUGGACAUACCAGGGUUUGCAGUGGAUUGGCAACUCGGAUGUCAGUGACCGUGCCCAGAAAAUAGCAGCCCAGUUUUUGGCACCGUAUCUGGAUGGCCUCAUGUGCAAAAGGUUGAGUCGGACAUGUUUGGCUUUGUACCGGUUGGAGUUUGAGAGAACAGGUGCCGCCGAUGCUAAUCGAGUGGGCGAUCGAUUUUUGAGCCCGGAAUGCAGACUUCUUCAUGGAUAUGUGAAAGAAUGCGUCGUGGAAAGCAUUCGCACUGGUAUUCAAACCAGUUUUUAUACUUGCGCCUACACCACCAAACCUUCCAUGACGUGUGGACCCAUGCUGAAGCAUUUGACUCAUGGGAUGAAGAAUCUGGAGGAGAAAAUGCAAGCUGAAGCCGAGCAAGAGGAAGCUCAGCGGCUUCAGCUUGCAUACCCGCUGCCGGCGGUGCGAGAAGGUCGAGGCUUGACUGCCGAGCAGCGGGAGGCCCGACGCCGCUUGUGCCGCCUUUGGACUUCAGCGAACCACGCAGUCAUGCAUGGCUUCUGUCUCAUGUCUCUCCAGCUUAUGACAGGCCGUGAAGUGUUACGGACGCACAUCUUCUGGCGCAUCAUGAUGAAGCGAGUACUUUGGGGCGUGUUUGAAGAAAUGCGCAGAAACGCUGAAAAACUCGCAGAUUCGUUUGAGCUACAGACAACCGCUGCAGUCGAGGACAUUGAGCUGCCGCCUGCAGGGGCACAAGCAGCGGACACGCGGGCCACUUCUUUCUAUGAGGACUACUUGCAUCGAGGAAUCGCAGAGCCAUUAGCUUCUAUGAACUUGUAUGUCUAUGCAAUGCAUGUCAGUGCUGUGCCGUUACAGGAAGCCGGCAAGUUUGACCAUGGUGAGUUUGAUUUUUCGGAACACUAUGUCAAAGCGAAGACGCAUGUGCAGGUUCUUCAUGCGGCUCCUCGUAUUCCUUAUUUGCAUGGAAUAUCGAUGCCCACAAAACAGAAAGAUCCAGACAUGUGGGCUGCCGUGCAUAUUGCCUUACUUCGAAAACAUUGCUGUGAAGAUGAAAAUGCUUGCGGUCAGGCGAGCGCUGUUCGCCAUAUUCACAUCUUCCCUGGAAAGUCGCGUGUGCGUGUGGUGUCUCCUGGCAACGAUGCUCGUAUAGUGCGAGAUUCCACUGGUGUGCUGGCGGAAUGGAAAGCUACUGAAGCCCGUGUGCAGUGCUUGGCAGACCGCGCAGAUACGCCCUGUUCGAAUAUGUUCGUUGUGGAUGUAACUGCUUUGCGCCAAUACAAAGUUCCUGGAACUGUGGAAAGCUGUGAUGUCUUGGAGUCUUUGCUGAAGAUGUUUACAGAGCCAAAUCGCCCAAAGACGCGUCGCACCUGGAAACAAGGUCGGCGCAAGCGGACAGUCUGCAGUACCGUACCGCUGGUAUCUGAAAGGAUCCUUGGAAAUAUUUUCGAUUAUGUGGGUCAUUUGACGACAGAGGACGGUGAAGCUGUUUUGCUCGGGAAUAGUCCGGAACAUUUUGACACUUGUGUGUUGCAUCGACCAGACUUGGCUGCUGCAAAGCGAUGCUCUUACGGAUGGCAUAAUGAACAACUGACAGCCGCGGAAUACGUCGCCACCAUUAGCCGAGAAAUUUCCGCUAAUUUGGAUUUCAUGGCUGAAGCUCGGCGACGACCCAGACCUGGUGUUUUGCAUCCAACUGCCACCGAUGAGAAAGAAGAUGUGGGUCUACAAGGUGAAUUCGUGAAUGUAGAGGAUGUGGAUGACAUUCAAGAUCCAGAUGCAGACGAUGUGGAUCAAGACACGUCUCUUCGACCGGACAUUCAAUACAAACCGAUCUUGCAUGUGGCAUCCAAUGAUUUAUUUGACAUGGUGCAUCGCAGGAACGUGGGCUCGGGUCGGGCAAGUGCCAGCACCAAACGUUCAGAAGAAUUCUUGCGUCAAUAUGGUGGAAAAUAUUUGGAUAUGAAAGAAUCCCGUCCUUGCGCACGGGCUCCUGACACGGAUGUGCAGAGGCGUGCUACUUUCAACGUCGUUGCUGGCUUGAAGGCGCAGAAGUUUUUACAAGAAUCUCGAAAAGAAAAAGAUGAAAAGUUGAUGGACGCAUCAGAAGAUGAAUUCUUGCCCGGAAACGCUAGUCUUUUGGAAGUUCCCGUGGGCAUGGCUCCUGAGACUGAGGUACUUGUUCUCUCUCCUGCAGACAUGGCGUUGCGACUGUUGCAACAACGUCUGCCGACACGUCAGGCUGAUGGUACGUACCAAAUCUCGCCAGAUCAGUACAAGGCAUGUGUGUUGGCGAUAGCGCCCCUGCAGAAAUUAUGGGUCAAGGCGGGUGAGCAUGAUCUGCAGCAUUGUUUCCGCGCACGUGGCCGCCUUCGCGAGUUGCUGGCAUUGGUGACUCCGGACAUGAUUGCUCGAAUCUUCUUGCAUGGACCUGGUGGCUCGGGGAAAACCUAUAUGCUCACUCGAGUGAUACUGCCGGUUUACGAACAUUUCUUGCCCAAGGCGUCCAAAGGCAUCGCAGCGCAGAACUCCGCAGCUCGCUUAAUCACAGGUGCGACGUUUCAUUAUAUGUCUGCACUGAAACGAUCUGCGGAGCUCGGCCUACAGAAGCCGUCGCGGGACAGAAUGCAAGCAUUGGAGCGUCGAUGGCAACAUGUGGCUCUGGCAUUUCUAGAUGAAAUUUCAUUGACUCCUCCUUCUUUGCUUGCAGUUUUGGAUGACGCAGCGCACUGGGGCAGGCAGUCUCUCUUGAAUUCGUGCUCCAGUGGCUCAGUCCCGGGGGGCGGAUCCAUUCCGGCGGCUCCGGCACUGGGGAAGAGGAAGACUCGGAGAAGUCGUGAUGCUGACGAUGCUUCUGCAGCUGGACAUGAUACAUUGGGAAACAUCUUUGGCUGGUGA